UGUUGUCCGCCAGGGGGCGCAGUCCGGGAGGUGUGUUGAGGGCGGGGGUGCGGAAUCCAAACACGGCACUCCGCUUCUCUUCUCGUACCAUGAGCUGAAUCUGUCCGGGACAGACCAGGGAAGAUGGCGGCCACUGACCAUUCCCGGUCCGAAGCUGCCAAGCAGCGACGGCAGGAUCAGCUGCAGCGAUGGCUGGGCUCAGAGACGGAUCAGACGGGUUCGGAGUCCCGCGAAAUCUCGAGCGGUUCCGGAACGCGCCGGGCGAAAGUUCGGUUCGCCCAAGGAGCCGUAUUUAUGGCUGCUUGCUCCGCCGGAGACCGGGAGGAGGUGGCAGCGCUGCUCCGACAGGGAGCUGACAUCAACCACGCUAACGUAGACGGACUGACAGCGCUUCACCAGGCCUGCAUUGAUGAAAACGCUGAGAUGGUGCAGUUCCUGGUGGAGAACGGGAGCGACGUCAACAGAGGAGACAACGAGGGCUGGACUCCUCUGCAUGCUGCAGCCUCCUGCGGUUUCAUCCAGAUUGCUAAGUAUCUGAUAGAACACGGUGCUCAUGUUGGAGCAGUGAACAGCGAGGGAGAGCUUCCUCUGGAUGUUGCCACAGAAGAUGCAAUGGAAAGGCUCCUGAAAGCUGAAAUUAAAAAACAAGGAAUAGACGUGGAUACGGCCCGAAAGGAAGAGGAGAGGAUCAUGCUCCGGGAUGCCAUGGCGGUGCUGGCAGGAGACGGCACACUCACACCUCACCCAAACACCAAGGCAACGGCUCUACAUGUCGCCGCUGCCAAAGGCUACAUUGAAGUCCUGAAGGUACUGUUACAGUGCAGGGUGGAUGUGGACUGCAGCGACACUGACGGGUGGACGCCUCUGCACGCAGCAGCUCACUGGGGGCAGGAGGAGGUGUGCAGCCUGCUGGUUGACAACAUGUGCGAUAUGGGUGCCGUCAACAAUGUGGGACAAACACCUUUAGAUGUUGCAGACGAGAACCUCGUGGACGUUCUGGAGGAGCUGCAGAAGAAGCAGAACGCUUUACGUAGCGAGAAAGAGAAACAGACUCCUGUUAUUGAGCCCAUUUCGCAUAUCCCCAUGGUACCAGUCCGCCCACGCAGGAGCCAAGGCUUGCUCGAGUGCCGCCCAAUCCAACACGGAGACUCUUCAGUAUUCCAGAUAACACUGCUGACAACUCCAACAGUUGGCUAAGCCGUAGCUCCUCUUACACCCGACGCUUCAAUAGUCAGUCAGGAAAUGAUCUCACUAGCUCCACCCCGUCUUUGCUUCACAGCUCAUCUUAUGGAAAGAGACUGGAUGACCCCACCGUGACCUCAGCUAGCACAGGAACGAGCUCUGCUGUACUCGGCCGCCUUAAUAGUGUCUUGGCUCAGAGACUUCCUCAGGAACAGACGGAAAAGAAGGAUCAACCAGCCAUUACCACCUCCAACUCUCAGAGCACGACCGCAGGCGAACAGGAAGCCAAGCAGAGGCGCAAGUCCUACCUGACACCAGUGCGGGAUGAGGAGGCAGAGGCGCAGAGGAAAGCUCGCUCCCGACAUGCACGGCAAUCCCGCCGCUCCACUCAGGGGGUAACGCUAACAGAUCUGCAGGAGGCAGAGAAGACCAUACAGACCAUGAAGACGGACAACAAAGGGAGGGAAAAGGAAGAGGAGAAGGAGAAAGAAGCAAAGCAGAAGAAGGGCGAGGAAGGGGAAUUGAGCUGGAGGUCUCGUAUUGCCAGCCUGCAGAAGUCAGACCUGCUGGGCCUCACACAACCUGCUGGCACACCUAGACCUCAGACCUCUGACAGAAGAGAUGUGGAGGCCAACACAGGGGAGAGCGAGACAGAGCGAUGGGCCAGGGAGCGCAAUGAGAGGAGGCAAAUUCAAGCCAGGAGGAAGGCACAGAGGACCGGGGAGGGUGAAGACAAUGAUCCCAGUGGAGAGGAAGAGUUUUCCACCAGUGGGCUCAAUUCACAGACAGACCAACGUUUGAGUUCCAGGUCGGACUCAUCCUAUAGCGACCGUACACGGGGAGGAGGAUCUGAGACGAAGGACUUUAAGAAGUUGUUUGAGGAGGUUUCCAGACAAAACAGCCAGCUCCAGUCACAGCUCCAGGACACUCAGAGGAGUGUCACUCAGACCAGGUUGGAUCUGGAAAAGGCCACGCAGAGACAGGAGCGUCUGACCGACUGUUCAGCCCUGCUGGAGCGGGAGAGGAAGGAUCGAAGGAUGUUGGAGCGGCGAAUGGCGGAGCUGGAGGAGGAGCUAAAGGUUUUGGUUGACCUGAAGGCAGACAACCAGCGCCUUAAAGAUGAAAAUGGAGCACUCAUCCGUGUCAUCAGCAAACUCUCCAAAUAGAUGCAGGGAGAGAGAGUGACAUGAAGAGCAGGGAUCCCCCCGCCUCCCUCCACCCACCUAUCCAUCCAUCACUCCCUGCCAUACAUUCCUCCCAGUGCCAAAGAGAGAGCGAGAGAGAGAGAAGGGGAGAGAAGCAGCAGAAAGUCCUUCGUACAUGAGCACUACAGCAUGACUUGGAUUGUGGUGCUUCUAUGCGAACAGCUGGAGUGUCUUUUGUGUGCCUUAAUGCCGGAUAGUCACAGCAAAGACCGGCCAGAGGCUUCCACAGUAGCAUCAUGAUACCCGACAACAGCCAGAACACUCUGUGUCUGGUGCAACACGCAAAACUGUGCGUCAUGGUGAGCGCCAACGCACUCCUGUGCACUCCUAUCCGUACUUCCUCGAUGCACACAAGACAGUCUGGGCCUUAAAGUUCCCAGUUAGUAUUUAUUUUUGUGAACACAUCUCACAACACACAUUCACAAUUUAUUUUUAUUUCAUCCCCCCCCAAUCCCCUCAUCCUACUCGCAGUCCAAAUGUAAUGUGUUGUCAGGCAAGAAAGAUUUCGGUGCAUCCUACUUUUUUUUUUUUUUCUUUCUUUUUUCUUGUUUAAACAUUCAGCGUCAUCCUGACAACGGGAGUCAUCCGUGAAGGUCUGUUGGGUUGUUGUCUUUCCAUGUGCAAGUGUUUGAAGCCACCUACCUCUCCACCUAUGCACUUCCCCACAUCAUUUUUAUAUUUUUGUGACCACAGAUACACUCCAUGCUCUUAAAAACAAAAAAAGAAAAGCACACACACAAAAACUGACCGGUCGGUCGACCGCAGCACUUUAUUCUCUGCAAAGCGCUAAAGAUCUGCGAGGCUUUGCCCGUCCUCCAGACAGAAAACGUUUCAGUUUACCACCUCACGACUGCUUGCCUUUAAGCAAGUAGAGUUAGAAAUUACCAAUGGGUGAAUAUCAGAGGUCAUUGCACAUCCUAUUAUGCUGUGAGUGGUUUUUGGUUGUCAUUGGAUUAAAUAUUUUCAUAAUUUUUCGGCAUCAAUUCCUCUGACAAAGGAGCAUGGUUAUGUACAGUCUGUGUAUAAAUGUUAGCCUUGAACAAUACCCCUUUGAAGUAAAAUUCCAUGUAGCCUUGCUUCACAUGUUGGUUUUCUAAUAUAUUAAAUGGAUGUCUGCACCCUAAUAAAAGUGUGUUUGUAGCAAA